AGAACGCCAGACACACGCGUAGAGCAGCUGAAAGGGACUGCGUAGUCUAGCGAAGUGUUAUUUGAGUGAUACGACACUUAUUGGGCGUUGGGCGUCGAGGCAGGCAGAUAAGAUUUCAAAGACAGCGUGCCAACUCGCGUUUUUACGCUUUUAUUGAAUCCCUUUCAGCUCCCAACCCAGACAUUUGCUUCGCUACAAGGUUUCUGUUUAGUACUAGUAGCAGCAAUACGCAAUGCCUUUCAGAAAGAAGCAAAUAUCUCCUCCAUCCACGAGCGGCGGCCUCGCCGGCGAUGCGAUUUCGCGAGGCGUCGCGAACGACAGUAACGACGAAAGCGCGGCGCCUCGCGAAAGUUUCGACCUCGUCGCAGCCGCUGACUCGUGGCAGGUGGUCGCGCCCACUACCAACGCCGCCGCCGCCGGCCCCGGAAAUGCCGACAGCGUCGCCAGCGGCGGCGGCCCGGGAAGCGUUGGCGCGACUGAGAGCGGGGAAUGGCGGGCGGGGAGCGGAGAAGGCUCCGCCGUGAUUCACGCCGGCGCGGGCGGGUUCGGCAGCCCCGGCGCCGGGAAUUCCGGGAGCUGGCGCGUCGACCCCGGAAACGGUCAUGGCCGCACUGCGAGUGCCGGCGUCGAUGGCGGCGCAUUGUGCGGCGAGGAGAGGGGGGAGCGGGACGGAUCGAUGCGGGGAAAUUUAACCGGGCUGAACGCGGAAGGCGGGAAGCAGACGUUGGAGAUUAUGCUGGAGGACGGACUCCAUAUGACGGUGGAGGUUGACUCUGGCGAGAGGCUUCUUAACGAGCUGGGAUACAAGCAGGAGCUAAGGCGGCACUUGAGCUUCUUUGAGGUCUUCUCCAUCGGCCUCUCUAUAGUCACCUUCUACGCCGGAACAGUGCCCUACUACUCAAUGACCUACUUGAACGGAGGCCCCGUGGCCCUGGUGUGGUACUGGUGGAUCACUGUCUUCUUCACUCACCUCGUUGCUCUCUCCUUCGCUGAAAUCUCCUCCGCCUUCCCCAUCUCUGGGUCGCUUUAUUUCUGGGCGGCGGCUCUAGCUGGGCCAAAGCACGGCCCAUUUGCAGCAUGGAUCACUGGGUGGUUGGAGUUCCUUGGGAUCUCCGUGUGCAUUGGGUCGCUCUCCUUUGGCGGGGUGCAGCUGCUACAGUACACCAUCUAUGCCGCUACAGGCGGCGUCAAGAGCGGCUACCUGCUGAGCAACUACGAGUGCUUUGGCAUCACAGUGGCCGCCAUAGUCCUCUGCGGGCUGCUCAACCUGCUGCCCGUGCACUCCAUAGGGCGGAUCGCCGCCUUCAGUGCCGUGUGGCAGAUCCUGGUGGUGCUUGCGAUGAUCGUCAUCCUGCCAUGCGUCGCCACCACCCUGCAGCCCGCCUCGUUUGUCUUCGGGCACUUCCACGUGCAGCUCGACAUGACGCACGUACCCACCGAUGCAUACGCCUUUGUGCUUGCCAUGCAACUCUCCAUCUUCGGCCUAUAUGCCUAUGACACUGUAGCACACAUGGCAGAAGAGACGAAACGUGCCGACGUCACUGUGCCGGCCGCGAUGGUCUCGUGUCUUUCGGCAGCUAGUGUGGUGGGGUGGGCAGUGAUAGUGGUGCUCACAGCGUGCAUUAGCAAUAAAGAGACACUCCUUAUCGAGGAUAACGACACCGGGGGGCAGCAGCCUGUGGUGCAGAUUAUCUGGGAGGUCUUCUUCAGCAGAUACGGCAACGGCACGGGAGCGGUGGUGCUGCUGUGCCUCAUGUACUUCUCCUUCUUCUUUGCCACCUUUGCCGCUGUCAUCGGGGCUUCACGAGCUGCCUUCUCUCUCUCGCGUGACUCCGGCCUCCCUUUCUCCUUCCUGUGGCGGCGGGUGAACCGCGAUCGCACGCCCGUGUACGCGGUGCUGCUCACGUGCACCAUCGCGAUCCUCUUCUGCCUGCCGCUGCUGCACUCCACAACCACCUUCUUCGCCAUCACCUCCCUGGCCACCGUGGCGUGGGUGGGCAGCUACGCCGUGCCCAUUUUUCUUCGACUGCUUCAACCGGAAGGGGCGUUCAAGCCGGGGGCGUUCAGCCUGCAGCGAUACGUGGGGCACGCGGGAAGCUAUGCCGUGCCCAUCGUGCUGCGCCUGCUGCAACCGGAAGGGGCGUUCAAGACGGGGGCGUUCAGCCUGCAGCGAUACGUGGGGCACGCGGGAAGGAGGAGCAUCAACGCAGGGGCUCUCCUAUUUGUGCUCUACACCAUGGCAACCUCCAUGGUUCCCAUGUACUUCCCUGUAACGGUCUCCAACUUCAACUGGUCUAGCUGCGUGCUGCUGGUAACCGUAGCCUUCUUCAUCUCCUGGUGGGUUCUCGACGCGCGCCAUUGGUUCGUCGGGCCGUACCACAACCGGGCAGGGAACCAGCCGCACACCCUAUCAGGCGCUGCCAAAUGGUUUGAAUGAUCCUUGGGGCAGCUGAUAAAGUUCUUUUUGCCUGCCCAUGGCUUCCUGAGUGGUUGAUUUUCGUCUUCUAUUUCUUUCUUUGCUUGAUUUGCCUCGAAGCAUGCUUUCAUACUCUUUGUUUUGCAUGCCUUGUAGUGUAUGUAUGUUCAAACAUUGGAGAUCUUAUCUCUCGGUUGUUUCGAUGGUUAACAGCGUCACAUGUGAAAAAUCUUCUUG